GGCCUAGCUGCACGUGCAUUGAGAUAGAUUGUGUUAUUGUUGUGAUUUGUCCAAGAUUGGCCGCAAUUAGUCUCUGACAUGUCGCUUAUAAAUUGUUCUCUGGACCUACUGCACUAGUAAUACCGUAAGACAUCGGCUAAAUGAAAAGGAAAAUCCUAGAAAGAGUCUACUUACACCAUGUGGGUGCCGGUGCGAAAGUUGUUUUUUGUACGAAGAUCUUUGGUAAAUUAAAUUGCAGUGAAAUGUAUGAUGUUCAACGUUUAAGCUGAAAGUGAACAAUGCAAGACGAUCCGAGUUUCUGUAAAAGUGAAUUGAAUCCCUCAAAAGAUUGAAACUACGGUACCUCACCUUAUCGACUGCCGGCUGCCAUGGCUUCCGCAAUUCGCGUCAACCAACUUUACAACCGCAUCCUCGGCCGCUUCCCCCGUGAGAUUUCGUUAGCGUUCGCCUAUGGCUCUGGGGCUUUCAAGCAGUUAGGAAAUGAUAACAAGGAUAACAUGCUCGAUUUUAUCUUUGUUGUGGACAACCCGGAGGAGUGGCAUCGGAAAAACAUCCAGGACAACCGAAAGCACUAUUCUUCAUUAGCAGCCCUGGGCCAUCACAGGAUUGCAGCAAUCCAAGAUAGACUAGGGGCUGGGGUCUAUUUCAACACUCUUGUCGAAUGUGAAAGCAGGCUCAUAAAGUAUGGAGUAGUGAAGACUGACACCCUUGUACAGGAGUUGAUCAACUGGAAUAAUCUCUAUCUGAGUGGAAGACUUCACAAACCAGUUCAUGUAAUAAAGAGAAUGCAGAACAGCGCCCUCUAUAAUGCUAUUAGGAGGAAUCAACAGAGCGCCGUCUACACGAGUCUGCUGCUCUUGCCAGAACAAUUCUCUGAAGAAGAACUUUUCAUCACAAUAGCUGGAUUGUCAUAUUCUGGGGACUUUAGAAUGGUCGUUGGUGAGAACAAGAACAAGGUUGCCAACAUCGUCAAGCCCAAUCUUCAUACAUUUAGGAAAUAUUAUCAUGAUAUGAUGGAUAAUACUGAGAACACCCAUUGGAACAAGCAAAGUGGCACCAUAGAGCAAGACUGCAACCCAGCUGCCAUGUUCUCCCACAUGUGCGCAUUACCAAAGAACCUUCAGCGUCAGAUAUGUCGGUUGGUAGGGUCAAAGACGGAAGAUCACUUGGAUGUAAUGAGGAGGUUAGCCAGAGAUAAGCAAUGCAAGGAAUAUAUCCACAAAGGUGUCCAGAGGAUAGUUGCAACCUCAAGUCUUUCACAGAGCAUCAAAGGAAUAUUUACUGCAGGAUUUUCAAAGACUAUGACAUACAGCAAACAAAAGCUAAUGAAGCAGUGGCAAGGAGGGCGUAAGAAGAGGUGACAGUCAACUGAUGCACACCCUUGACUUUGAGGAUAGAAUAUUUUUGUCCUUGUAACUCUUGUGAUUAGGGCAACAAAUUAAAAGAUGUCCAUGCGACAGUGGUAUCAACUGUUACAUUUGACAAUGAAGAACAAUUGAUUUAGCUGUGGCUGAAGGCUGACGUGUCCAUGACAGGAAGGUUUCUUACCGAAUUAAUCCAUGUUUGAAUUUUUAAAUCUUUUCAGGAUUUGUGGAAGUUCAAAUGUUGUUUUUACCAGUAUGCUGGACAUUACAUUUGUCAAUGGCAAUGGACUCAUUUUAAAAUUGCAAUUAUAUAUUAAUGUCUGAGAAGUAAAAAUCUAUGUACGGUGGUUCAUAUAAAAAGUCCUAUUAGGACAAAGCAAGGAGUGCAUGUAUGUAAUUUGGGGAACUCCCUCAGGCAAAUUCCUCCCAUAUUAUACAUUUUCUCUCUAACGAUAUCUCACUUUAGCCUUUGGCCUUGGUGAAUGAUCUACAUUUAAGAAAUCUCAAUCUAUGAAUAUGCAAUUCAUGUUUAAUGCCGAGUUCCCUGUGCAUUUAAAGGGUAAUACAGUGAUUACUCGUACAUGUAAUGAGCACUUGCAGAAGCUCAUAUUUUGCAUUAAAGGGGAAUUCUACCUAAAUAAAAACUUGUUUUGAGAGGAAAAGGAAAAAUUAGACAAGUUGAGAGGUAAAA